AUAUCAUUAUUAUUGUUGGUAGUAUUUGUGAAGGCCUCAGUGGACUUGUCAACAUGUUUCUCUUCAAGAUCAACAUGGUAUGAAGCAAUCGAGCAUGGUAACUGUGGCUAUGGUCCACUCAUGGGACCAACAGGACCCAAGCAUCGCUUUGUAACUGCCCCCGCAUCAAUAAUCUAUAACGCCUCCUAUGCUUGUGGAACAUGUUAUGAGAUUGACGGACCAUUUGGAAGUCAAGUUGUAACUGUUGUCGAUCAAUGUCCCGACCCUGGCUGGUGUGAUACUGCAUUCCCACAUUUGGAUCUGAGUCCUCAGGCAUUCCAAAGUAUUGGCGGUAGCUUUGGAGUAGUGAUGACAAAUGCAAAGAAGGUCUCGUGUGAUUAUGUAACGGGAAAUAUCAAGUUGUCAAUGAAGGAUGCCCCUACAACACCAUCUUGGUUCGAGUUCGUCGUAUUCAAUCAUAGGACAGGCCUAGAUCGUGUUGAUAUCGAACAAGCCAACGGAGUAGUCAGCUCUCUCAAACGCCAGAACUACAAUUUCUGGACAUAUUCCAGUAAUCAACCUGCUCAAUUUCCAGUGAUUGCCCGUGUAUACGAUCAGUUUGGUGCCAGAGUGGAUGUAUUCAUCGCGUCGUCUACUCGUGCAGUAAUAUCCGAGGGCUCAGGACAAUUCCCCGAUCCUGCCUCUAGCUUCCACUCUAACUGCUUGGCACCCUACCCCGUGUUGACCUCGGGAGUCGUGUAUCAGAAUGGUCUGACGACCACUUCGUCUUGGGGCAAUCCCAACAUUGGCUGGCAAGAUUGGUCAUGGAGCACCGAGGUCAAUUGGUGUGACAAGUCAGUUGGAGGAGCAGCCAAUGGAUCUACUUGUGUCGCCUGCACCUCACUUACUGGCGGCUCGAUACAGAUUGGCACGGAGCUGCCUGUCAAGUGGGCCAACGUGUUCAAGGGCAUCGAGUUCUAUGUCAAGGGCACUCAAUCAUUCAACACUCUACAAUUCGGUUAUGAUACUAUGGUCUCAAUACCUGUGACAACCAACUGGAAGAAACAUACCUUCACCCUUGACCAAGUUGGUGCCCCUUCCAAUCUCGGACGGCCAUCACAUCUUGAUUUCCGCAGUUCCACACGCACUCCAUUAUUCUACAUUGAUUAUAUUAGACUGAUACCAAUCAAU